AUGUCUGUUGAAGUUUCGAUCCAGCCACCCUACCCCAUCCACGAGUCCGUUAAGGAUAAAUUGAGCCCCGAAUAUGUGGCUUUCUACAACCAAUACAUCAUAAAUAACCAGCAAGUCCACUACCAGCCUGUGGAAGCUUCACGAACAAGUGGAACGCUGAUCCCGGGAGGCGGCCCACUGCUCACUGUUGGCAAAACCGAGGACAUCCCUAUUCCAAGACGGACAAGUUAUGGGGAAGACGUCCAGAUUCGCUGCUUUACCCCAGCUGGAGGAAAACCGCACGACGGUUGGCCGGUUCUGUUGUAUUUCCACGGAGGUGGAUGGGUUCUCGGGACAGUUGAUACCGAAAACACCGUCUGUACAAAUAUUUGUGUGCGCGCAAACUGCGUCGUCAUUACUGUUGAUUAUCGUCUCGCACCAGAGCAUCCCUGGCCAGCCGCAGUCCACGAUAGCUGGGAGGCAUUUCAAUGGCUCGUUUCCGAUGGAAUUUCCAGGCUCGGCAUCAACACAUCCAAGAUGGCUAUAGGCGGGUCGUCGGCCGGUGGUAAUCUCGCAGCUGUCGUGUCUCAGAAAGCCCUCGCCUUAUCGCCACCCGUUCAUUUCAUGUCCCAAGUGCUCUCGGUUCCUGUGACCGACAACACAGCCCUGGUCACCAACAACAAAUCCUACGCUCUGUACGAACAGACGGCCGCGCUUCCGGCAGAAAAGAUGCUCUGGUAUCGAAAACACUACCUUCCGGAUGAAUCGAACUGGGCGCAUCCGGAGGCGAGCCCUCUGUUCUACCAAGGUGACUGGUCGCAACUCCCGGCAGCGUUGAUUCUAGUCGCGGAGUUGGAUGUUCUUCGUGCGGAGGGGGAAGAGUAUGGGGACAAGUUACGCGCUGCUGGUGUGCCGGUGAAUCUACAUGUUAUGGCGGGAAUGCCUCAUCCUUUCCUCGCAAUGGAUGGCGUUCUGGGGGAGGGCAAGAGGGCUAUUAGUUUGAUGUGUGACACACUGCGUGAAGUAUUUUGGAAAGAUUCAUCUGGAACCAAGGGCUUUGUGUAUUAG